CACCUGCAGCACAUGGAGAUUACCAGGCUAGGGGGCCAAUAGGAGCUACAGCUGCUGGCCUACACCACAGCCACAGCUACUCCAGAUCUGAGCCGCGUCUGCGACCUACGCCACAGCUCAAGGCAACACCGGAUCCUUCACCCACUGAGCGAGGCCAAGGGUUGAACCUGCAACUCCGUGGUUCCCGGCCGGAUUCAUUUCCGCUGCGCCACGAUGGGAACUUCUGGAGUAAGCCCUCUGAACAUCAUUCCUAUGACGCUUCAUCUGUCUGACUUCCCACCCCCAUCACCAAGGAGGUGACAUGGCCACUGCAGGAAAGGCUAUCCCUCGGGGGCUAUCAGCCAGAAUCCUGAGUGGGGGGAUGCUACAUUCACCAAGUGCCCACCUCUCUCCUGUACCACCUGGGAUUGGCCCUAUUGUCUUAUCUCACACCUGAGAAACAGAGGUCAGACGCUCUCGCACAGCAGGUAGAUGUUAGAGCUGGGAUUCGAUCCCCUCUCUAUCUUGCUCUAAAGCCCUUGUUCCAGGCCUCUCCACCUCAGUUGACCCUCUUUGCCUCAGAAGCUGCUCAUCCUCUGGGAUGCCCGCGGAGGCCCUCCAGACUGCUCCCCACCCUCACUGCCCAUGACUUGCUUGCCUUCAGCACAAGCUGGGGCGCAGAGAAGGCACCUGCCAGCCCUCAGCAGCAUCAGUAUGGAGUGCUCAGUCCUGUCCCCACCCCACCCCCAGGCCAAUCCGCUUCUGCACAAACCCUGGGGCCUGGGGCUGUCUCCACCAUCCCCCCACCAGUGCACAAAGCCAGGGUGCGGCGCAGCGAGUCCACGCAGCGACUGGUGGGAGGAUGGGCCUCCGGUAGCGGCGACCCGGGCUGAUCUCUCCCCUCCCACCGGCCCCUCCCUCUGACGGCUGCAGCCCCGGCCGCAGCCAGGCGCGUUCUCAACCUCCCUCUCUCUCUCCUCCUCUCCUCGCCGCGCCGCCUCCCGCCCUCCCUCGCUCCCUCCCCUCCCCGGCACUGCAGCAUUCGCCGACUGCAGCUCCAGCCGCCGCCCGCGCCUCUCCGACCUCCGCAGCCCCGCCACCGCCAGCACCAUGGCCAGCACCGUGUCGGCCUACAAGGAGAAGAUGAAGGAGCUGUCCGUGCUGUCACUCAUCUGCUCCUGCUUCUACCCACAGCCACACCCCAACACCGUCUACCAGUACGGGGACAUGGAGGUGAAGCAGCUGGACAAGAGGGCCUCUGGCCAGAGCUUUGAGGUCAUCCUCAAGUCCCCUUCCGACCUGUCCCCGGAGAGCCCUGUGCUCUCCUCCCCCCCCAAGAGGAAGGACACCUCCCUGGAGGAGCUGCAGAAGCGGCUGGAGGCGGCUGAGGAGCGGAGGAAGACGCAGGAGGCGCAGGUGCUGAAGCAGCUGGCGGAGCGGCGCGAACACGAGCGCGAGGUGCUGCACAAGGCGCUGGAGGAGAACAACAACUUCAGCCGCCUGGCGGAGGAGAAGCUCAACUACAAGAUGGAGCUCAGCAAGGAGAUCCGCGAGGCUCACCUGGCGGCGCUGCGCGAGCGGCUGCGCGAGAAGGAGCUGCACGCGGCCGAGGUCCGCAGGAACAAGGAGCAGCGUGAGGAGAUGUCCGGCUAAGGGGCCUUUGGGACAAGGCGGCGCCUGGAUCCCGAGAGCAGACAAGAAAACAUUUGGGUUUUGGUUUGGUUUUGUUCGCCUCCGUCUAGAUGCAAUUUUUGUUCCUGCUCCCCCCUCUCCUGCUCUCCCAGCUUCAGCUUCCGCUUCUCUUCGGGCGCUCUGAGCUGCCCAUUCCUUGUGACAAGUCCUGGAGGAGCCACCAGGUGUGGCACACGGUCCCUCAGUUCAGGCCCCAGGCUGGGUCCCCUCUGGCAGCCCUCUUAGUGGAUGUGGUGGCGACCUCAAUAAAUCCAGCGAUGUUGGCAGGAA